AUGCUCCGCUUCGGGUCUGUGUCACGGGAGAGAGUGGCCGGGAUCCGAGCGCAUCCUCCGGUGGAAAGGCGCAGGAGCAGCCGUCUCUGUGGCUCCGGGGGCAGAGGCAGCGCGCACACGGCUCGAUCAGCGCCUUACCACGCCUUCAGCCGCCGGCUAUUAUAUGAGCUUCAAAGUAUGGUUUCUAACAUGAUCCGGUCUGACUAA